AAUCUCAUUGGCUGCCCAUCUUCUCUCUUGUGGACGCUGUUGAGGAAAAAGUUGUGAAACACUGAAGUCUGGAUGCUGUGAGGUUUGUCGGUCUCUGCUUUGUCUUCGUUCAAAGAUGUUUCAGAUAAAGAAGAUCUGUUGUAUUGGUGCUGGAUAUGUGGGAGGACCAACUUGUAGUGUGAUUGCCCAAAUGUGUCCAGAGAUCACUGUAACAGUUGUAGAUGUCAACGAGUCCAGAAUCAAAGCCUGGAACUCAGACACUCUCCCUAUAUACGAGCCGGGUCUCAAAGAAGUGGUCGAAUCAUGUAGAGGAAGAAAUUUGGUUUUCUCUACAGACAUCGACUCAGCCAUCAGGGACGCUGACCUCGUCUUUAUUUCUGUGAACACGCCAACCAAGACCUAUGGAAUGGGGAAGGGUCGUGCUGCUGACCUCAAGUUCAUUGAGGCGUGUGCUCGGCGGAUUGUAGAGGUGUCUGAUGGGUACAAGAUAGUUACAGAAAAGAGUACAGUCCCAGUUCGAGCCGCUGAGAGCAUUAGGCGGAUAUUUGACGCCAACACAAAACCCAGCCUCAACCUUCAAGUCUUAUCCAACCCAGAGUUCCUUGCAGAAGGAACAGCGGUGCGGGACUUGAAGGACCCAGACCGUGUAUUGAUUGGUGGAGAUGAGACAGCUGAAGGUCAAAAGGCAAUCAAAGCACUUUGUGCUGUCUAUGAACACUGGGUCCCCAAAUCGCGAAUUAUCACCACAAACACAUGGUCAUCUGAGCUUUCUAAACUGGCAGCCAAUGCAUUCCUGGCACAGCGCAUCAGCAGCAUCAACAGUAUCAGUGCUCUGUGUGAGGCCACCGGAGCCGAUGUAGAGGAGGUAGCUAAGGCCAUUGGCAUGGACCAGAGAAUCGGCAGCAAGUUUCUCAAAGCCAGUGUAGGUUUUGGUGGAAGCUGUUUUCAGAAGGAUGUGCUGAAUCUGGUCUACCUGUGUGAAGCACUCAACCUGCCAGAGGUGGCCUCCUACUGGCAGCAGGUGAUUGACAUGAACGAUUAUCAAAGGCGGCGUUUUGCCUGCAGGAUCAUCGAUUGCCUCUUUAACACCGUGACUGGCAAAAAGAUUGCACUGCUAGGCUUCUCCUUCAAAAAAGACACAGGGGACACCCGGGAGUCGUCCAGCAUCUACAUUUCCAAAUAUCUGAUGGACGAGGGGGCCAAACUGUACAUCUAUGACCCCAAAGUUCUCAAGGAACAAAUCAUUCAUGACCUCUCUCAGCCCAGCAUCUCAGAGGAUAACCCAGAAAGAGUUUCUGAGCUGGUGACUGUGACCGCAGACCCGUACGAGGCCUGUCAGAGCGCCCAUGCGUUAGUCAUCUGCACUGAGUGGGACAUGUUUAAGGAACUGGAUUAUGAAAAGAUUUACAAGAAGAUGCUGAAGCCGGCAUUCAUAUUUGAUGGUCGCAGAGUGUUGGACCACCUCCACCCUGAUCUCCAGAAUAUCGGCUUCCAGAUUGAGACCAUUGGCAAGAAGGUGACAUCAGCACGAAUACCCUACACUCCAGCAGCUGCGUGUCCUCGAGUCAUUGAACCUCCCAACAAGAAGGCCAAAGUCUAAAACUCACUUCACACCCACACUAGGGUGCAUCAUUUUCCCCCUUAGUCAUAGGUUUCUAUGUCCCUACUUUAAAAAUGUUCAAUUCCAGAAAAUAAGAAUAGUGAAUUUUGAGGUUCUUUGGUUAAUGUUUAGGGGGACCACAGUGAAGUUAUAAUAGUCUGCAAAUUUAAGGUUGCAAUUUUCCUGAUUGGUGCCAUAUAUGAUCCUCAGAUAAAAUAAAGACAGUGUAGUCUGACUGUUAAAAAAAUCUUCAGGGCAGUUUUACUUACCAACGACUAUCAGGUUCAUACCGCAUGUCAUUCUGUUACAGAAAUUAGCACAUGGAAUUUGAAGAGGAAACCUCUCUCUGCCUUCUGUUGUGUUAAGAGACAAUAUAAACAAAAAUGUAUCUUAAUUAUUUGAAAUUGGAAAUUGUGAAUUUUUUUUAAUGGUUUUUGAAGAAUUUCAAAGCCUUAAUGAUCCCUUUAAAUAUAUUUUGAUUUUGCUGAACUUUGUGCUGUAGUGUAACAAAAUAAACCUAGGGACAAGGUGAUUUUUCAAAACUUUGAAAAAAGGGGGAAAAUGAUGCACACACACGUUCCUCUUUUGACCCGUUACACUGCUGGUCAAACAUUUCAAUAAGGUCCUGUCUGUACGAUUGGAACACACCAAGUGAUAAACUUGACACACAGUGUGUUUAAUUGCUGCUUCACAAAAAGCUGGAAUGCAAGAUAAAAGUUUACCCUUCAUUCAAAAAAAAAAAAAAAAUGCUUGAAAAGAUCCAUGAAUGUAUUCUGCUGUUAAAGUCAUCCGGAGAAGCGUUUCUUGGAUAGAGAUGUGGAUUAUCACAUUUUCUGAGCAGCAUUAAUGAAGCAAUCAUUUCAAAUCCAGCUGUACGUGCACCAUCUCUUCAUAGGCAUUUCAAAAGGAAAAAUUUUCUUACAGUGGUUAAUAUGUAAUCAAGUACUUAAAUUGAAUUUUUAUACUAUUUUUAUACAUCAUUUUACUGUAUAUUCAUCAGGUUGUUCUGUCUAUGUAAAGGGGCCAAUGCAAUAAACCAUGACAUCUGA